GCUCGUCGCCGACAGCGCAUGCGUUCGCCCCGGUACGCUUGCGCGACUCCACAGGCUUUCCGGGGCUUUGUGGUGUCCUAGUCCGCCCCACAUUGUCCUUCCGGUGCGAGGGUCACGGACAAGAUGGUGCCACCGGUGCAGGUCUCCCCGCUCAUCAAGCUCGGCCGCUACUCCGCCCUGUUCCUCGGCGUGGCCUACGGAGCCAAGCGCUACAGUUACCUGAAACCUCGAGCAGAAGAGGAGAGGAGGAUAGCCGCGGAGGAGAAGAAGAAGCAGGAUGAACUAAAACGGAUCGAGCGAGAGUUGGCAGAAGCCCGAGAUGACAGCAUACUGAAGUGAGCCUGCCUUCCUCCAAAGCAGUGUGGACGAAUAAAGCUUCCUAUGUUGUGA